AUGCGCAGGAAAAACAACCGGUACUCGUGCCUCACGUACAGUCCCGCACGUUGCUUUUUUGUAUGUAGUAACACAGCCCCGGGCCAAAUCCCAGUUGGGGCGCGGCUCAUGGAAUAGGCACUGAUUGAAGCGAACUCGCAGGGGGAGACAGUGGGACCAGAAAGAUCGUGGAGGCGGCACCUGGGAGCCCGGGGCACGCGAGAUGAGUAGGAGUUGGCCAGACAGAGACCAAGGAGAGGGGAGAGCCAGUGCUUCUAAGCAGAGGAGGGACACAGUCACACUUGCUUUGUCAAAGGGUCAUGCUGGCUGCUGGAUGGAGAUGGUAGCCACACAGCAGGAGAUGAACGACGCACAGCUGGUGCUCCAGCAACGGGAUUACUGUGCCCACUACCUCAUCCGGCUGCUCAAAUGCAAGCGUGACAGCUUCCCCAACUUCCUGGCCUGCAAGCAUGAGCAGCACGACUGGGACUACUGCGAGCACCUUGACUAUGUGAAGCGCAUGAAGGAGUUUGAGCGGGAGCGGCGACUACUCCAGCGUAAGCAGCGGCGAGAGCAGAGGGAAGCGAACCUGGCCAGGGGCCAGGGCACUGGCGAGGUGGCCCCGGAGGUAGCCUUGUAGUGGACCCACCACUACCCUGUGUCAGAAAUAAACGCUUUCAGGCCCUCAGCCCGACCCCUGCCUCUUCCU